AUGUUCUCUUCAGACGACUCAGAUAUUGAGAUGACGGACAUAAAUGAUAACCAAACACAAUCUCGACAGGGCUCACGCUGGAUUUCCCGAAGAAAGCCAAACAUCAUGACCAAAUCCAAAAAAUCUGCACUCGACAAGCUCCCACUCGAGGUUAGACGAAUGAUCUACAAGGAGCUCUUAGUAAAUCCAGUUCUAGGAACCAUGAAGGCCAUUGAAGCAGACACCGAGUUUGGAGUCGAAGCCACCUAUGGACUCACACCGGCCAUAUUACGCACAUGUCGCAGCGUCUACGCAGAAGCUUCGGAGGUCUUGUACGACCAAACCUUCAUUAUCAAGUGCGAUUACAGCUAUCGCGGUGGACGCUUGGGGCAAAGACCUGUUAUGUCAUGCCCUUGUCCUAUAUUGAGAUACAGAUACAAGCUUACCUCUCCACUCACUCGACUUGAGAUUCCUGUCAAGUCUUCGGCAAUGACACAAGCCCGUUCCUUGAAAGUUCUCGUCGAUUCAUCUGUCGAUAAAAUCGAUUCACACCAACAGUUCUACGAAUUCUGUAGAGCAGUCUGCGACGCUCGUCCAAAGAAGAUCGAGAUUGUAAUGUUGAAGACAGGAACCGGUCCACCUAAUCCAGCUCAAGUUGGGCGGUUGGGAAUAUGCCGUACGUGGAAGCCAUGGGAAACACUAGCACCACUUACCAUGUUACGCAAUGUCGGAAAAUUAACCAUCAGAAAUGAGUACCCACCCUUCCUCCAUGAAAUUGACGGCUUCAAUCCAGACGAAGUUGUCUGGAAUUCCCACGAGCCUGGGAAAGUAUUGACUCGCAUGCUACAAAAUCUAGUACAAAGCAAUAGACCAGUUGAGAGAAUAUUCACGAUGCGAGAAAAGCUUGUCAUUCUCGCGGAGAGCUUCGAGCGAUAUCUUCCCUUCAAGAUGGACAUGAAUUUCCGCGCUCCCUUAACUAUGCACGACAAUAUUCGUUCUCAUCCGGAGGACAUACAUGAACUUAUCGAGUUCGGUUACAAGAGAUACACUGAGUAUCAUGUUCCAAACCCAAACCGCAACAAAGACGGCAACAACGACCUGGAAGAGUCUCUGUUCCAAGCCAGAAAUGCCGAUUUGACUAUGCAAAAUUCUAGUUUCAAGCAGUAUAGGGAAGAAGUGGUCAAGCAAUUGCGACUCCAGUAUAAGAGAUUGCUAGAUGCUUCUAACAAGCUAAAGUCUUUCAAAUCUGAACGAGACCAAUUUUGGGAGAGAAAAGAUGCUGGAUUUGCUCACUGGCUACUAUUAAUCGAAAAAUAUGCCGCAGAGUUUGAGCGCAAGAAGAACCCUGAUACAGCUGCAGAGUUCCGCAGACAGAAGCGUAGAUUCGAUAACCUCCGUGCAACAUGGCCAAGAGAAACCAUGCUCGGUAAGCUGGAUCGAAUGAUGGAGGAUCGGGAGUUCGAUGAAUUCGAGACGGUUGCCCUGAAAGUUGAGGAGGACAUGGACAAGCAAGUCGCAGGAAUGACAGCUGCAUGGAGAGAUCUUUUCAAGGCAGAUGUGUACAAGGAGAGAUUCUGUCAAUACAAAUUUGAUCUUGCAGCCUUGCGAAGAAAGAGAGUUGUUCGAGAUAGGGAUGAGGAAUAG